AUGAUUCCUGUAUUACAUUCGAUUGAUAGUCUUCUUAAUCGAUUUGAUGAAUUAUCCAAAUGUCAUAAAAAUUUAUUAUCUAAUUUUGAUAAAAAUUUUUCUGAUAUAAAAAAUCCAUUACGAGAUGUUGCACGUUCUGAAGAAGAACAACAAAAAACAAUAAAUUCAAAAAUUUUAUUAGUAAUUAAUGAAAAUAAUAAUCAAAUAGAAUCAAUUAAAACAAUAGAAGAUUUUCAUCGACAAAUUAUUAAAAAUCGAUAUCUUCAUCGACCACCAAUUUAUUCAUCAAAUGAUAAUUUAUUAUAUCAUCAUGUUCCAUCAAGAACAUCAUCUAUAAUUACUGAAUCAACUUCAAUUUCACAAACAAAAUUUAAACCAAGAACUUCUUCAUUAGUAGUACCAACAACAAAUAAAAUUAUAAAUGAAAUAAAAACUAAACCAAAAUUUAUACAACAUCAUUCAUCUAUUCCAUUACGUAAUAAAAUUACAACAUUUACUAUGGAAACUAUUAAUCGUCUUUCAAAACCAAAAACAUAUCAUCAAUUAUCAAAUGAAAAAUCAACAAUAAAACAUGUUGAACAACGAUCAAAAUCUUAUAGAAAAAUUAAACAAGAAAAAUCUGAAUGUUCUACAUCAAUAUCUGUUCCAUUACCAUCAAUUAAACGAAUACAAACAACAAAUAUUAAAUCAAAUUUAAAAAAACUUACAACAGAAAAUAAUAUUCCAAUACAAACACAAAAAAAAGUACCUAUUGUUAAUUAUUCUAAUCCACUUAUUUUUAUUAAAUCACCAUCAACUAUAAAUCUUUCUUUUCCAAUGAAUUUACAACAACAAUCAUCUCAUUUUACUAUUUUACCUAAAAUUAUUACUACAAACAAAAGAUCAAUCAUACAAUUGAAUGCAUAA